AUGACUACAGAUGAUGGAUUGAUUCAGAUGUUCUAUGAUAUUGAUGUCGAUAAGUCUGGAGUAGUUGAUUGCGACGAACUGAGAGAAUAUUUAAGAAAGAAAGAGUUUGGUGAAUUUUCAUUUCGGAUAACUUUCGAAGAAUUUCGAAAAGGAUUACACAAAGUUCCUCAUACACAGAAAACUUAUUCUUAUUGGCAUCAUAUAUUACAAAAAGUUGAUAAAGAUAAAGAUGGUUACAUAACAAUGGAUGAAAUUUACGACAUGCUAGCUGAAAGUGGUAAUGCAGAAAAGUUCUCUUCAAAAACUUUGCAAGCGUUCAUACGUGAAUAUGAUCAAGAUGGCGAUGGGAAACUCAAUUAUCAUGAGUUCUUAGAUUAUUUACUAGAUCAACCACCUAGUGAUGAUGACCAGGCAACAAAAACAUGUAUUUAG